CCCAGUAAUGCGGCCGCGUCCGUCUGCAAGCCUACUGUCGACGACGACGGCCAGUGUGUAGCGGGUAUUUUUUUUUUAAUUUUAAUUUUUAUAUUAUUAUUAUUAUCGUCGCCGUAAUCGUCGUCGUUGUUUAAGUUGUUAUUAUAUUGUAGUUGUUGUUGUUGUUAUUGUCAUUUUUCUAUUAUUAUUAUUAUUAUUAUCAUUAUUAUUACUAUUAUUAAUAUUAUUAUCAUUAUCGUCAGCGUUAUACUAUUGUAUUAUCAUAAUUCGGUCGGCCGACGACAAACACCUGACCGCUGCUGCAAGUUGUCGCCGUCGCCGUCGUCAUUAAUUCGUAUUUAUUUUUAUUUUUAAAAUUUUUAUUUUUAUUUUUUUUUUUGUCUGUUUGUCGAUUCGCGUUCUACCAUAAAUCGUGCACUUACUACAUCGUAGUAUACGAUCCGUAUAAUAGUUUUAUAUUGUCGUGUCGCCGUCUUCCACGACCGUUGGACGAGUGCUCAGAAUAUCGUCGACAAAACGGAUUGCAGACCGAUAUGGUGGUGCGGCCGAGGCCCGCAAUGGAUUGCGAUGGAUGUGUGCGGGCGCACCGUGCACCGUCGUCGGCGCGGCACUGAGACAAAAGGUCCAACGACGAUUGCCAGACGAAUGGGCGGAAAGAGAUUGACGGCUGACGGUCCGGUGUCCGGUUGAUGGCCGCGGAACGCAAUGCGGGCACCGGAUUCGAAAACAACGGCUGCGGCGGCCCGCGGCUGCCACCAAUCGGCGCGGCGGUACGGUGGACGGCCGCGGCCGCCGCGGCCGCUGCGCAGCCGGACAGUCAGAAGGAGAUCAGGUUCCCGGUCACAAAGCAGCCACCACCGUCCGCGCCGGCGCAGGCGCAGCAGCUGUACCGGCGGUUGCACAGCCGAUCUCUGUCGUCGCUGCCUCCCGAGCCGUUCAUGAUAAUGCGGUCCAAGGCCCUCAACCGGAGAGUGUGCAUAAACGUGGGCGGCGUCAAGCACGAGAUACUUUGGCGAACCCUGGAGCGGUUACCGCAUACCAGGUUGGGCCGGUUGAGGGACUGCAACACGCACGAGGCGAUCUCCGAGCUGUGCGACGACUACUCGUUGGCCGACAACGAGUACUUUUUCGACAGACACCCGAAAUCCUUCAGCUCGGUGUUAAACUUCUACAGGACCGGCAAGUUGCAUCUGGUCGACGAGAUGUGCGUGCUGGCGUUCAGCGACGAUCUGGAGUACUGGGGCGUCGACGAGCUGUACUUGGAGUCGUGUUGCCAGCACAAGUACCACCAGCGUAAGGAGCACGUGCACGAGGAGAUGCGGAAGGAGGCCGAGUCUCUGCGGCAGCGUGACGAGGAAGAGUUCGGCGAGGGGAAGUGCGCUCACUAUCAGAAGAUGCUGUGGGACCUGCUCGAGAAGCCCACCACCAGCAUCGCGGCAAGGGUGAUAGCCGUGAUAUCGAUACUGUUCAUCAUUAUGUCGACGGUGGCUCUGACGCUGAACACAAUACCAUCACUGCAAGUGGAAACGACGAAGGGUGUGAUCCAAGACAAUCCUGUUUUCGCCAUGGUCGAGCUGGUGUGUAUCACGUGGUUCACGCUCGAAUACCUGCUCCGGUUCAGCGCGUCGCCCAACAAGUGGAAGUUUUUCAAAGGAGGCCUGAACGUUAUCGAUCUUCUAGCCAUACUGCCGUACUUCGUGUCUCUGAUAUUGGUGGCCGAGACGGACAAGACGGACACUCACCAGUUCGACGACGUCCGCCGCGUCAUACAGAUAUUCCGAAUCAUGCGUAUACUUCGUAUACUCAAGCUGGCCCGUCACUCCACCGGUCUGCAGAGUCUCGGGUUCACGUUGCGCAACUCGUACAAAGAGCUGGGCCUGCUCAUGUUGUUCCUGGCCAUGGGCGUGUUAAUAUUCUCCAGUCUGGCGUACUUCGCCGAAAAGGAAGAACCCAACACCAAAUUCCUGUCCAUACCCGAGACGUUCUGGUGGGCCGGCAUCACCAUGACCACCGUCGGUUACGGCGACAUUUACCCGACCACGGCACUGGGAAAGGUCAUCGGCGGCGUCUGUUGUAUCUGCGGCGUGCUGGUCAUUGCGCUGCCCAUUCCGAUUAUCGUCAACAAUUUUGCCGAGUUCUAUAAAAACCAAAUGCGACGGGAGAAGGCGCUCAAACGGCGUGAAGCAUUGGAACGCGCCAAGCGCGAAGGAAGUAUCGUGUCCUUCCACCACGUCAAUCUCCGGGACGCGUUUGCAAAGAGCAUGGACCUGAUCGAUGUGAUCGUCGACAACGAGAGCGACAUCCCGAAGCUGUCCAAGCAGAAUUCGCUAAGAUCACACGUGGACAGCAAUUAUUCGCAGUACGACGGGACGAGUAGCGGCAGCGAGACAGUUCCGUUAAACCCGACACCAGCGCGAGGUGCCGCGACCGUCAAACCGGAACACCAGACACUGUUAGACAUCGACAAUCCGGAACAAAAUGCCAAUUCGUUUGGGAAACCUUUCGAAAGCUCGGGGAAUAUGACCGUGAGUUGUUUUAACGAAAAAUUAGACGAAAAUUUCAAUGAGUUCGAAUGUUGCUCUUGUAGACAAAAGGAGGUUAAGGAAUACUUGGACGCAGAACACCUAACACCGUACCCGACCAGCGAACUGCGGACGCCGCUCAGCGUGGAGAUGAGAACCCUCAAGGAGGCCGACGGGUCAUCGUCAGGUGGCGGCCAGUGGCGUUCGCGCAACGAAGUGGGCAGCGUUGACAGCUCGGACACGUACAUCAGCUGCAAGUCACAACCGUUCCAUUCGCAGGGUGACUUGACAACCGAAGACCUGCACGACGCUGUUUUCGAGCAGGUCGGUCACAUCCCGGCCAGUGGCGUCAUCGCCACCGGUAAGGGCAGUGACGGCGGCGGCGGUGGAGUUGGCAUCAACGACUCCAACCUGUACGUAAACCCUCUGGAGAGUACCGGCGGCAAAGGUGGCAAGGGGGGGCCGCCCCGGAGCUUAGGCACCUCACCGAUGGAUGAGUGCAAAGAGUUCUCGGGCAGGACUGCGGCAGUCGGCAGUCGGGGAAGCCUCAACGAAACGGCCAAACAGCGAAAGACGAGAUUUUCGCAACAAUCAAACAUAGGAGAAAGUUUAUUUGGCCGAUCGUCUCAAGAAAGUUUGGAUGGCGUACGGAAACGACGACCUUCGUUCGGGUUGUCGUCCAAAACAUUGACUAAUGCUACAAGAAUAAUCAAUCAACGUUUGUUCGCGUUACCACUAAUAUCUAAUAAAACAGGGAAAAGCGGUAAGUCCACGCCGUCGGUGUCGACCGAAUCGAUAAAUCGUUCUCCAGAACCGCAUCGAAGGUCAAAAUCGAUACUGAAACGACACCAGAACCAAGGGUCGUCACAGGCGACUCAAGACUCUUUAUCCGGCAACCACGCGAGAAUAGGCAUCCGGCGGACAGCACACGUGGACCCGGAAACGGAAAAGCUCAUACCAGACAAUCUAUCGGACUGUUCGCCGGGCAAGAGCCCGAUGUCCCCGCAGCAGCAACAGCAGCAGCAGCAGCAUCAACCACCUCAACAGCAGCAGCAGCAACCGUCGCCACUGCCGCUGCCGUUGCCGUUGCCACUUCCGCAGCCUGUACAUCCGCAACAGUCACGACACAACAACAACCUCCACCACCUACAGCAGCAGCAACAGCAACAACAUCAAAACCACCAUCGCCACAUCAACAACAACCACCACAACAACAACAAUAACGGGCGGACUACCGGUGGCGGCGGCGGCGCGGGCGGAAGAGCACCCGUCGAAGUGGCACUGCUGCAGGACCUUCUCGAGGAUUCGGGUGGACCGAUAUUCAUUUGUCCGCCACCGCCGCCCAUGAACGACAACACCGACAAGAGGUACUCGUAGCCGUCGCACUACGUGGUACUUAUGUAUACGUAUAUUAUAUAUGAUAUAUAUUAUAUUUGUGAAAUCGUUUACUACCACUCGCAAGCAAAAUUCGCAGACGCACGCGCGUAGAAUACGUAUAAUAUAUUAUUAUACAUAAUACGAAGACAAUAAUAUAAUAAUAUAAUAUAAUAUAAUAAAAUAUAUGACAACAACUCGCUCGCCAUUAAGCUACCUAUACGUAGUGUAUACUAGUAAUAUUAUAUAUAUAUAUAUAUAUUUUAUUAUAUUAUGAUAUAUAAUAUAUGUGUACAGUCGUCAAGUGCCGCUGCCGGCGAAACAAGCGUACAUUACAUUAUGAUGCGCAUCCUGUAAUUAUUAUAUUAGCCAACGAAUUGCAAGAACGCCACCGCCGUCCUGGCUGGGAUAUCUCCAAUAUUAUAGUGGUCGUGCCUUUGGACGGCGUUUUAUUUUAACGAUACAUUUUACGUACAAUAUAUAAUAUAUAUAUAUAAUAAUAAUAAUAAUAAUAACGAUUUGUAUACGAUCGCGAGAACAACGUACUUAUAAUAUGUACUACUAUGCAUACUAUAAAGUACUAUAAUAUAUAUAUAUAUUUGUAAUGUAUGUAUGGCGUUGUAUAAUGUAUAUGUAGAUUUUUAACUAAAUGCAACUCUCGUUUUUUUAAGAGAAAUUUUCAAAUUUAAAUCAUAUAUAUAUGAGAAAUGCUCAUUUUAUCAUCAUCAUUAGAUUGUAAUAAUUAUAUAUAUAUAUUUUAGUCUCGAAGUAAGUGAAGAAAACGAAAUGUAAUCAUUUACCGUAGUAUAUACGUAGAUAUUUGUAAAGGACGCUUCUUUUUAGGCUUCCUAUUGGUCAACUCUGUUAUUUAAAUCGUCGCUAUCAUUCAUCAUCAACGUAAUCAUUAUCGCAUCAUCAUCACCAUCAAAAUCAUCAUCGUCGUCGUCAUUACAAUAUGUUAUGUACGUGGUGUACAAUAUUUUCAUGUCGAAACGAUUGUUUAGUUCCAUAAAUCGGCAUACGCAUCGUCGUGUUAACCCGAAUAUACAACCCGUUUCACGUUCAAAAUAUACGUUGCCAAAUUAUAACAAUCUAUCAAAAAAAAAAAAAAAAAAUUUCAACUAUUAUACAAUGUUACUGUUUUGUUAAGAAAAAAAAAUCAAAAUGAAAAAAAAAAUUCUUCGGGUCAAUUUUCUUUCCUAAAUAUUUCUUAUAUAAUAUAUAACAAAUAAUCAAACGUUACCUACCUGUAAUUUGAUUUUUUUUUUUUUUAAUAAUAAAAAUUAAAGACUGGGAAGCAAAUGAUGAAUUAUUCAUUAUAACAUUAACAGGAAAUUAAGCAUGCAUUUUGCACUGGCCUUUUAUAAUUAUAUUUUAAUUUUAUUAUAUAUAUAUUAUUAUUAUUGAUAAUUAUACUUUAUACCCACUUGGCACAGAAAAAAUUUUAUCGCUACGCAAAAUUAAUUUUUAACGCGAUCUCAAUUUGAUAUAUCGACGGUAGAUAAUUAAAAAUGUAUAAUGAUAUUUUGUGAAAGUAUUUUAGAAAGAAAGCAAUAUUGUAGUUAAAUAUAAUUGCGUAGUAGACUUAAUCAUGUAAUUUUAAUUGGAUUUAAAAACGAAAACAUUGUAUACGUACCAAUCGAUAUAGGUACGCAAAAAUUGUAAUGUGCAUUGAGCACAAAUUUUUUAUAGUUCGGUCGAAACGAGUAUUUUAUUAGUAUAGAAGUACAUAAUAUUAAUACAUGAACAAAAUUAUAGUUUCCAUUUUUUAAUUCGCCUGUGAUUUAUCUUUUGUUAAGUUUAUAAAAUAUGUGUAUGUAUAUGUGCAACAAUAUACAUAACAAUGUUAUUGAGCA